AUGGAGUCCUCCAAGAUCCCCGAUUUCCUGGCCGAGCAGCAAGCACAAGGCUCCCCCGAGACGCAAACCUACUUCCUCACGUUCGAAGACUUCUGGGAGCGCAAGCUAUGGCACCAGCUGACCGAUGCACUGGUCGAGUUCUUCCGCCGGCCAGAGAGUGCCCCGCAGCGGCUAGCCAUUUUCAAGACGUUCGUGCUCAGCUUCGCUGACCGCAUCAAUCAGCUGAAGUUCGUGGCGCUGGGGUUGAUGGCAUCGACGGAAUGUGCAGGUGGGUUGGAAUUUACUCCUUUUGAGGGAAAAUAUUUGCGUUUUGAGUUUCUGUUCGAAUCGAUUACUGAUUUGUUUUCGUGGAUGGCCGCAGAUGACCAAGAACGACUGGCGUUCCUCACAUCCCUCGCGGACAAGGUCGAUAAGCCCGAUACUCAGGAUGCACAUGUCUACGCGCUCGCCGAUGUUGCCAACGUCAAGCUGCGACUACAGGAUCUGGACGGAGCACAGAAGGAUCUAGCGUCCUGCCAGCAGGUGUUGGACUCGUUCGACGCCGUCGAGACGGUUGUGCAUGCAUCUUUCUACAAAGUGAACGCAGACUACUACCACGCCAAGGAAGAAUUCGCCUCGUUCUACAAAAAUGCCCUGCUGUACCUAGCCUGCAUCGACCUGAAGGACCUGCCGGAAUCCGAGCGCGCCUCCCGCGCCUACAACCUCAGCGUGGCCGCACUAGUCUCCGACUCGAUCUACAACUUCGGCGAGCUCCUCCUGCACCCAAUUCUCGACACGCUGACGAACUCCCCACACAACUGGCUGCGCGAGCUCCUCUUCACCUUCAAUCGCGGCGACCUAGCCGCAUAUGACGUGCUGGCCGGCAACAUCAGCAAGAACAAGCUGCUCGAGGCCCACCGCGUGUUCCUGUACCAGAAGAUUUCGCUGGCCGCUCUGACCGAGAUGGUAUUCCGCCGACCGCCGCACGACCGCUCGCUCGCGUUCCAGGCUAUCGCGACCGAGACCAAGGUGCUGCCUGAUGAGAUCGAGCAUCUAGUUAUGAAAGCGCUGUCACUGGGUCUGCUGCGCGGCUCGAUCGAUCAGGUUGCACAGGUUGCGCAAAUCCAUUGGGUUCAGCCCAAGGUGCUGGAUUUGAAGCAGAUCGAUGGCAUGCGCAACCGGCUUAAGGAUUGGGAUGCGGGUGUUAAUCAGCUGGGGCACUGGAUUGAGGGCGUGGGCAAGGAUGUCUGGGCUGCAUAG